AUGUUCAAUUUACUUAUUAUUAUUAUACUUUGUCAGGGAACAAUUGCUUUUACUAAACAGAUAUCUCCUACAGAUCCUCUUUGUCAAUGUGAAAAAGGCGAACGUGGUACAAAAGGUGACAUGGGCCAUUGUCCCACAAGUUGUGCUCAUCAAUAUGAUACAUAUUCAAGAGAUUGUCUCGGAACUAGAUUUAAUUUGGAACGUCUUGCUCGAUCCAUUCGUCAAUUAGUUAUUGAUACAAAAAUUGUCUAUCGAGAUGCUCGAAGAAAGUCUUGUAACUGUCCGACAGUAGCAUCAACAUCUACAAUAUCAAAUCCAUAUCUUUUGGAUUAUAAAACGCAAACUCGAUUGAAAGGUGAUAAAGGUGAUGCUGGUCAAUCUUGUCCAUUAAAUUGUAUGCAAUCAAUACAGACGAAUGUAAGAGUCUUUUCAACAUUUGAAGCAGCUAUGAGUGCAUUGUUUUCCUAUCCUGAUCAUACAUAUGUACAUAUUGUAAAUGAAUAUGGACAUUUACAAGGUGUUUAUAUUCGAAUACAUGAAAGAUUAAUACCAUUAAGAUUAGAAAAUGAACAAACAUAUCCUGUACAACAGCAGAUAUUAUCGAUUUCAAAACCGAAAUGUACAACUACGCUUCCAUGUCGAAAUCUUCAUAUUUUUGCUUUGGGUCCUCAUACACGUAAAAUGUGUAAUCCAGAACGUCCGAUUCUAUGUUCAAAAUUAUCGGAUUUUGAUGAUUUAUGUGAACGCGUUGCUGAACGUCAUCAUUUAAAAGGUUUUUAUCGAGCAUUUAUGUCAACAAGUACACAAUGGUUAUCAAAUCUAUUUGAUGGUACUUGUAUGGAUGCAAAGAUUAUAAAUAUGCAUGAACAAACUUUAUUCAAUUCAUUUAAAGAAAUGUUUCAAGACAAACCAGCGCAAAAUGAACUUCUAGAUGUACAAGGAUUAAAACCACAGUAA